GCACUCACACAACUAACCACUGCAGAGGACGAUGCCCUUCCUCCCUCCCCUACCUCUGCAAGCCAUCGCCGGUCUCUCAGGCGCAGCAGCCUGUAUAGCAGGCGCAUUCGGCACUCACACACUCCGCGCCCACCUCCCCCCCGCCUCCCUCGAAGCAUGGCAAACCGCAGCCCACUACCAGCUCAUCCACUCCCUCGCUCUCCUAUACGUCAGCACCCUCCCCCCCGCAGCUGCCCUCGUCCCUGGGUAUCUGUUCACUGCUGGGAUCGGACUGUUCUCGGGGACGAUUUAUGGGCUUACGGGGCUGCCGAAGGGGCAUACGGGGAGGAAGGUGCUUGGCCCGCUUACUCCCCUCGGGGGGAGCUUCUUGAUUGCUGGAUGGGUUGUCUUGGCUUUCACCAAAGGGAAGGUUAGGUUGGGUCGGUAGUUGCCGAAGCGGACGGGCGGGCAAGGGCGGGGUAUGUAGAGGAACAGGAUUUUAAGACUAAUGUACCGUA